AGACUAUAAAUUAUCAUCACCUAUGGUCCGCAAAUGUGUAGCUGGCUAAAACACAUUAUUUUCCAAAGGCUGAAAGCUAAUUUGAUUGCUCGUACUCGGUGGCUAGUCUCCUUCUAUGCCCACUAACAAAUUAAAUAUGGAGCACUCGAUUUCAAACCCACCCCUUCACGAGGCAUACAAGAUCCUCUUGAGCAAGACUAACGGAGAGAAUGGUUUCGAUGAUCAGUUCUUGGUGGAGGAGUGCGAGUUGCCUUUGAUCGAUGUGAGUCGUUUAGCAGAGAGUGGUGAUGAAGUGAGGAGGGAGGAGUGCAAAUCUGAGAUAUUCAAGGCUUCUCAAGAAUGGGGUUUCUUUCAGGUCGUGAAGCAUGGGAUUUCCAAUGGUGUUUUCAGUGGGUUGAAGCUUGAGCAGGAGAAGAUAUUUAAGCAACCCUUUGAGAAGAAAACCAAAGAGAACAAGUUCUUCAACUUUUCCGCUGGUAGCUACCGUUGGGGAUCCCUCAAUGCUACAUGCAUUAGGCAGUUAUCUUGGUCAGAAGCAUUUCAUAUUCCUUUAACUGAUAUGCUGGGUUCUGGUGGAUCCGACACUUUUAGCGCGACAAUUCAACAGUUUGCUACCCAAGUUUCCAUUCUGUCAAAAACAUUAGCUGAUAUUCUGGCUGAGAAAAUGGGUCACAAGUCAACGUUCUUUGAGGAGAAUUGUUUGCCCAGGUCCUGUUAUAUUAGAUUGAAUCGAUAUCCUCCCUGCCCCUUGGCUUCUGAAGUUCACGGAUUGAUGCCACACACAGAUAGUGCCUUCCUCACCAUCUUACAUCAAGAUCAAGUUAGAGGUUUGCAAAUGCUGAAAGAUGGUAAAUGGAUUGCUGUAAAACCAAACCCUGAUGCUCUUAUAAUCAUCAUUGGUGACUUAUUCCAGGCAUGGAGCAAUGGAGUAUACAAGAGUGUGGAGCAUAGAGUUGUGACCAACCCAAAAUUGGAGAGGUUCUCUGUGGCGUAUUUCUUUUGCCCUUCUGAUGAUACAGUGAUUGAGAGUUGCAGUACAGAGCCGUCGUUGUACAGGAAUUUUAGCUUUGGGGAAUAUAGACAACAAGUUCGAGAGGAUGUUCACAACUUGGGCUACAAAAUUGGCCUACCAAAGUUUCUCUUAAGCACAGGGGACAAGAUAGUGUGCAUGAAUAUGUAUCACGAGUUCAAUUUUCCAACCUCUACGGGAACCUAACAAAGAAAGCAAGACAACCAUAUGAGACUGAGGCCAAGUUCGGUUUAUAUACCUGCUUGCACUUUAAUUUAAAGAAGAAAAAAAUAUAUAAUUGAAAAUGAUCAGUGAUUAGUUAAUAUAAUUCAAGAAA